CUCUAAUUACUAAGACUAAACAAUUAUAAUACAUUACUUAUUUUUAAUGCUUAUAUAAUCUGUAAUGUAUUAAAACCUAGAAAACUUGACUACGGUAAGAUAAUCUCCUUUUGUUAUUUAGACCCUGCAUUCAUUUUUGUUUAAAUAUCUUUGUUUUGCGUACAAUGAAAAUAGACUUAACAUGUAUUUGCAAAUGGAAAUUCACUCACGAAAAAAGAAUGACAGUUUCUAUAGUAAAGAGUCAAGUCUUCAGGCACUCUGAUCUCAGUAGCAAAGUAAAAUGCAGCAUUUGAAUGGCAAACGAUGUGAGAACAGCUGUCUGCGAGAAACACGGACACCUAUGUAUGAAAAACAGAUCUGUAAGGUACUGUAGCAUCAUCCUUCAAACCAGAACACAUAUUUUGCUAGGUCUUCGAAUGGGACACAGAGAACACCACUACUGUUCAACCAGGCAAACCUCAAAGAAGCAACAGUGUGGUAUAUAAAAGGAGACCUCCCUGUAAGUUGAUUCCUCUUCAGGUCGGCGAAGAGUUGAGACAAAGGGACUCAAAUAUGCAGUCCAAAAACUUCUUUGGUGAUUUCAAAGACAUCCUAAAGAAGGUUGACAAAAGUGAUUUCAAACAGCUUUACUGUGAAUGUGUCAGACAUGCUUCACACAGAACCAAGGAGUACCUUGCUUUCAAAGAUCCGGAAAACACGUUUCAUCCCAACCCCACAGUCCUGAGUGAAAUUUUUCAAAUGGCCUACAUUACCCGUAGUGUGGAGCUCCAGCUUACAGGACACCUGAACUGCACCACAAUGACCAAGGAGCAGGGGAUUCUGCUGGGGACAGACUGGGUGUGGGCAGUCUUAGAUUUCCCAACCAAAAACCCCAAGCUUCAGAUAGCAGUGCAAGUCUUUCACCAGACCGAGGAAGAGAAUUGUGUCCCUAACAAUCAAACUCAGAUGCUGACAGAGAGUAUGGAAAUGGCCACUCUAGAAUCUUCUGAUAAAACCAAGCAAGAGAAGAUGAUUGCCUUCUGCUCCUCUGUUGGCAGGGACUGUUACGCGCUCUUCCUCUUCUUUGGUCUUUCAAAGGACCCGACUAACAUUUACGGAGUUCUCAGCAACAACUUCCAGGAAGCGUUUGGGAAAGGUGCUAAAAUAGACAGGGCCUUCAUCGAAAACUUUUUCAAAGGGUCAAUAAGCUGUAUCACUCCGGGAAAGAUGCUGCAAACCCUUCUUAAUAAAGGAAAGGAACAUGAAGAUCCAUUAACUAUGCUUGUCAAGUUUACUUAGAUCCCCAAACCUGACACUGAAAUGGAGCUUAGUUAAAUACAAGUAAAUGACAAGACACCUAAUGAUUUAUGUCACAAAAAAUAUCCUAGUCUAAUGGGAUGGGGCAUCAUGUGGUUAUGGUUUCCAGUUAGAUUGUAUUUUUGCCACAUUAUGCGCUAGAUUCUUGUUGAUUAAUAGUGAGGCAUGAAAAGGAAAUUAAGAGUAUUAAUAAUGCUUCUUUCUCUCAGCUUUUUACAGAACAUUCCAUCUUUGAAGUAAAUACAGCAGUGUUACACGGUACUGGUGUCUGGUGAAUAGGGGAACACAGUUAAUGGGAUUUCUCUCAAACAAAUAAAAUACUAUACUCUAUUGUUACUCACUUAAAUGUUCUUAAUCAUUUUGCUUUGGGGUCCUAUAUUAUAUUAAAAGGCACCCCACUUACAGGAUUAUAUUCCCUCAUCUCAUCAUUUUAAAUCAGCAGAUUCAAACUUCCUCAAAGGUGAUUUUUUUAAUUUUUUUUUUUAAAGAAAAAUCAUGAUUGCAUUAGUGAAAUGUGAUAAAGAAGUGUACAGAACACACAUAACUAGAUGCUGUGUAUCAGAGAUGAAGAACAUUUACAUCAUAUACGGUUUAUCUUUAGCUCAAGGUGUCUCUGAAAUCCUGUGCCUGCUGCAUUCCUUAAAACACAGUCCCGGACAAACGAACUUGACUGGCAGGGGACUUCAAGUAAAAUGUCAGGUUCCCAGACUGUUUUUGAAACAGAGAUCAAUGAUGUGCCUUGUUAUUGGUAAAAUGUAUUAUUACUGUUCAACAACUUCUCCAAUAGAACAGCAGAAAUCAUAUUUCCAAUGUUUUGCUGUAACAUUUAAUUUGUAGUGCAUUUAUUUCAUGUAAGCUGUAAGUAUUAUGCGUGUUUCUAAUAUUAACACAUCUUUGGUUUAUAACUCCUUUCUGUCUUGUUAAUGAUUUGCACUGGAAAAGAUUAACAUCAAUUUUAAAAGUACUGAAAAUAAUAUUUUUGGUUUUUAACAAUU